GUCUCCACUGCAGCAGCAGAAGAAGAAGGAGGAGGUCCGUCUCCAUUUUUCAUCAGUUUAUUGAAGCCACCGACGAACUGGCCGACAACCUUCUGCAAUAUCGAUACUGAGCUCGACGAACAAAUAAGAUACUGACCGCAGUCAUGUGGGAUGGGCCAGGGCAAGGACCACGGGGAGGACCACCCUUUCGUGGUGAUCAUCGUGGAGAGAUGUUUGGGGGCAGAGAUCGUCCCAUGCCUGAUUUUAGAGGUAGAGAUGGGAUGAACGUGGGCUCCAUGGGUCAUAUGGGCCCAAGACCUCUAGAUCUACCACCUAUGGACAUGAGGAGGAUGGAUGGGCCACCCAUGAGGGGGCGUGAUAUGGACCCACGUGAUAUGCGGGGUAGAGAGCCAAACAGAGAUUUUUUCAGACCUGGAGAAGAGCCAGACUUCAGCCUUAGAAGACAUUAUGAAUUUUCCAUCAGAGACAAACUGAUGAACUCUACCGGUUUUCCAGGACCAGGCAGGAACUCAGUGGAUAUGGGAGGGAGGGGUAUGCCACCACGGGAUUCAAACAGCAAAUUUAUGGACAUGAGAGGCAGAGAGUCAUUUAAUUACAACAUGCCACGGUUCAAUAAUCCCAAUAUUGAUGGAAGAAGAGGAUUUCCCAUUGACCGAAUGGAGCGAAAUGAUGGAUUUAGGGACAUACGUGACCAGCCUCCAAUGCGCAUUGGUGACAGUGAUCGCUAUGAUAUGGACUUACCUCCACGUGAAAGGAGAAUGAUGGACACUGACAGAAGAGGAGGGCCACCUUUUAAUCCAAGAGGUGGAUUUGAAUCUGAUAUGGAUUUCAGGAAUCGUCCUGGACCAUCAGAUGAAUUUAGAGGUAGAGAUAGGUCACCCUUAAGAUUUGGAAACAGUGAUAUCCCUCCAGCGGAAAGGGGGAGGUCAGACAUGCCUUCAGAUGUUCCUGGCCCUCAAAGACCAGAGUUUAUAGGUGCAGAGGACACUCUCAGAGAGAGAGAGUAUCCAGAUUCAAGUGACAGUCCCCUUAUGGAUUAUCGGAGCGGUGAAGAGAUGACUCUUGCAGAAGAAUGGAAGAACCGUCGGAAAGAUAAAAACCCUUUCUUAAACAUGGGUAAAGGUAUUGGAGGUGUACCUGAACCCAGCUUUCCCGUAGGCUUUGGCAGAGAUGUGAAUGUUAGAGAUCCACCACCACCAUUUCAGGAAAGGGAUAGGCCAUCUGUUGAAUUCCCAAGGAAAGAUCUUGGCUUUCCUCGUGGUGACCACUUCCCUCCAAUUGGCAAAGGUCCACAAGACCAUCCACCUCCAGAAAUAAGUCCCCUUACUGGCCCUCUUGGUAGAGAAAAUGAGAAUAAACAUUGGCUUGGAGAAAGGGACCCAAAGCAUAAUCAGAAUAAAUCGCACCGUGACGAAAGGCCCCCUUACCAUCAAGAGAAGAACCAGCCCGCACAUGAGAUUGAGGAGCCAAGUGAUUGUUUUAAAGGCAUAAAAGACAUCCCGCACAAUCAAGGACCUGCCAGGGGUAAGAUGGGGGUGGAACGUGAUUUCCAAAGCAGCAGCGCUGUUCAGGCGAGAGACCAAGACUACAGGGACAUUGAUUACAGAACAGCGUCCGGGAGGGCUUUUGAUUACAAACGCGAGGAGCUUCAAGUACCAGAGAAACUCAUCAAAGAGUCUAAACCAAUCACACCUUCAAAAUUUAGUGAGUCUGGUUCUCAGGAUCAAGAUUACAGGAGUUCAUCCGUGGAAGACAAAGUUUCCAACACAAUAUCCAUAAUUGGUAUUCCAAAGACUGCCACAAUGGAGCAGAUUCUUGGUGCCUUUGCAGUCCGGGAUGGUGUGCCAAUGCAGGGGAUGAAAAUCAAAAAUGUUGUGCCAGGUUACAGCUACGAUACGGCCUAUGUGGAGUUUUUAAACCUCGAGGAUGCAGUCCACUUCAUGGAGUCCAACAAGGGAUCCCUAAAGGUUGGCACUAGAACAACUACCAUGAAAUUCAUCCAGCCAGACGAGCGUGAAAGAGGUGUUCAUGAAUCAGAUCACAAAGUACCUCAACUCCCGGAGCCCCAGUUGCCCAGACCAGAUCAACCUUCAGAAGAGUUGAAGACUAACCUGAAUGGAUCCAAACCAAAAGGUCCUAUGGAUCCAUCGUCCCACAGCCUGUGGCAGCGUAGCUCUGACCUGACUCCAGAGGCGUGGCAGCAGCAGGUGGACCAACAGCUCCAACAGCAAGAAACCGAGCAGCAGGCAGAGUCUUGGGGCAACCGCAACCUUCCUCAUCCCAGUUCACACCAAUCAGACUCAGUCUUUAAAGACAGUAAAACCAUGAUAAUAAAGAAUGUGAAGGCCACCACCACAGUAGAGACUAUCCUGAAAGCCUUGGAUCCCUUUGCAUAUCUGGAUGAGAGAAAUGUCCGCUUGGUCAAGGCCAAGCCACCUGGAGCGAAGUGCUUCUGCUUUGUUGACAUGGACUCCCAUGAGCAAGUGACACGGCUGGUUGAGCUCCUCACCAAACCCAGACCCCUUUAUAUUGAUGGCGUCAGAGUUUAUGCUGAGGUUGCAAAACCCCUGAAGAACCAAAAUUUCAGAAGAGAUUUUGAUAAAUCAAACAGUUCUAUCCUUGGGUAUCCUCCUGAUGUCAGUAUAAUGGGGCAGCAGCAUGUGCCACCGCCGCUGCCGUUGCCGCUGCCGCCACAGCAGCAGCAGCAGUCGCUACUGCCACAGCAGCAGCAGUUCCCGCAACCUCCACAGUAUUUGCAACCUCUGCAUCCACCUGCUGGUGCUCCUGCAGGAAUGCAAGGUGAUUUGUUGACUGGCACUAAUCCCUCUCUGGCAUCAGACCCCAGCAUUACCCAGGGAGUUGCCUACUGUGAGACCCCUACUUUGGAUCCUUCAUUCCAUGCUGGUGGACCUCAUGUGCCCACAGAGACAGCUGGGAUGACCACCACCGCAGAUGGAUCGCAGACCUAUAUCUAUGGCUCUGAGAAUCCAGACAUGUCCAACUACUUGUAUGAUGCCACGUCAGGCUUUUACUACGAUCCUGAGACAACUCUGUACUACGACCCUAACUCUAGGUAUUUCUACAAUGCUCAAACCCAGGAGUAUAUGUACUGGGAUGCAGUGUCAAAGACCUACAUCCCAGUUCCAGGAGGGAAUUCUGCAGAGACCCAGCCUGUGGCCAUGACAGCUGAAGACCAGGCCAUUCUUUCCAACCCAGCAGCAGAUGCUCCUCUGGAAAUGAAGAAACCAUCAGUGCCUCCCACAGGUACUCCAGCAGCAGUUCACACGUCUUCUACAGAGCCUGUUCCCACUUCUACAGCGGCUCCUGAGAAGAAGGAAGAUGACGACUCUGGUAAAAAGGACAAAGAGAAGGAUAAAGAGGACAAACCGAAAAGUCUUGCUGCUGUCAAGAUCAUGAAAGAUAUGGAGCGCUGGGCAAAGAUCCAGAAUCGUCAAAAGGAAAGUGUCCGUGCCCCGUCACCAGUGCUGAAGUCGGGAAUGGACGAAGAUAAGAGGCAGUCUAAGUCGGCUGAUGCUGGUUUCGCUAUCUUUGAGAGGAAGAUCUCAGGUGGAGAUGAUCUAUUUAAAAAGCCCCUCGCUCCCCCAAAGAAAGAUGAAAAGUCAAAGCGUCCAAUGGGCUCACUGGGUCUGCUGGCAUCAGACUAUGCGGCUGGAAGUGAUGAAGAGGUGGAAGAGGAAAAGGAGGAGGCAGCUAAAAGCAGUCAAGGCAGCCAGUCUGAAGACAAGGGUGACAAACUGACAGACUGGAAGAAGAUGGCCUGCCUGCUGUGUAGGAGACAGUUCCCCAACAAGGACGCUCUGAUCCGCCACCAGCAGCUUUCCGACCUGCACAAACAAAAUAUGGAGAUACAUCUUAAGAUCAAGCGGUCAAAGAAGGAGUUAGAAGCACUAGAGAACCAGGAAAAAGAACUGAAUGCCAGAGAAGCAUCAAGAUCGCCAGAACAGAAAAGAAGAAAACACCAUCACCAACAGCAGCAGCACCAUAAUACCUGGGCUGGAAGCUCCAGGGACACGAAUAAAGUCAGUGAAAGACCCGGUUUAGGGGCUGAACCUGUCCCGCAGAGGAAAAAGAAAGAGUCUGUGGUUUGGGACCAUGCCACCUACAAACAAGCAGUACGCAAGGCCAUGUUUGCACGGUUCAAGGAACUCGAGUGAUCUCAUCUGAACACAUCCUCACUUUGAUAUGUGAAGUGUAAAUUACGUGCUUGCCCACUUUGGCACGAGAAACCCCUUUGACUGUCUUUACGGUUUCUCUGCCUUGGACAUUAUUUCACUGUUUUACACAGUUUACUACACUGAGAUGGAGUGACACAUGAUGACAGAAAAAAAAAGUCAAAAACAGGAAUUAUUUGACAUUCUCAGCGAUGGAUGUUGUACAGGAAAUUAAUUCAUGCUUUGAGUAUUUUCGCCCAUGUUCUAUGUGUGGCCUGUAUGUAAAAUUGUGAAAUGUGUCCAGACUGUCCUUUUUUUAAACGAUGCUGUAACACUGGCCACAGUCACAUUGUGUUUUAAAACUAAGCGAUUUUUACAUUUUAAUUUUCAUGAGUUGGAAUUGCUCUUAUAUGUGCAUAUUUUUUAAGUAAAAAAAAAAAAUUAUGGAUA